AUGCACAACGAGGGCCCUGGACAGCACACCUCUGCUUUUGACUCGAGAGCGCUACUUGCGGAGCGCGCACAUCUUGAUAUAAGCAGCGAUGGAUCUGGAGCCCUUACUACAGCCAUUGCUCUGCUUCUACCGACACCCUCUUCCACAGUGACUCUCGACACCACGCUACUGCGCACCAAAUUCGUUACCAUUACCGAAAACCCCGUCCCUACCACGGCAAUGUCCUGUCUCGAAUCUGAGACCUCCCAAUGCAACCCGAAUCAGUCUCACUCGCAGUCUCAGCUCGGGAGUCGGACCUCCAACGAUACGCCCAGACAGACUCGACCGCAUUCCACCACACUCCACCACUUCUCCACUCCGACUCUGUCUCCAAGAACGACCAAAGCUGCUACCACGGCGGUUUCGUCUGUGAUUGGCAAACACAGCGAUCUAAGCGCAACGCAAAGACGAGCAAUAAUUGGAGGCCUAGCCGGCACUCUCGUCGGCCUGGUACUCAUUGGCUUCCUGCUCGCUCUCUUCCUCCGCAGGCGUCGCGCACCCGACGUCGAAAGCACGACAAGAGCCGAAAAGGGCAUGACAAGAUCCGUCUCUCGAACAUGGGGCCAAUUCGUCGGUCCCCGAACAGUCGUCGCCGUGCCCCAUCGCCCAGCAUCCAGGCAAAGCAGCUUCGCCGAGUUCAACGGAAGUCUCAUCCGCGUGAAUGAAAGCGCAUGGGCACGCCCCUUUGCGCACCACCAAAGUUUCCGAGAGUCAAUGGGGCUCGGCAAACUACAAAUCACGAACCCAGACGUUCCCUCAGGUACCGCGACGCCAGUUCCCCGCGGUUCGCUGGAGAGCAGCAACACAUACUUCAAGCGGCAACGCACCGCCAUCGCCGCCGCUCUACUGGGUGGAACCACUCGUUCCCGAGCGAAUUCUAGCACUCCUCCCGGCGGGCGACGCAGCAUGCACCUCCCCACCAUUUCCAUCGACGGCGACCGCACGCGAUCUUUCCGCUCCUACCGAUCUAUCAAGUCUGCGCGCACAAUACAGCAACAACGAGUUGAAGACCCCUUUCUCACCCCACCAAUGGAGAGGUCAGAGACCAAUCAACACUCACCAGGUGGCAAAGCGCAAACACCCAACCGUGCGUUCCUACACAGCGCAGCAGGCUCGGCGAGUAAAAGCCUCGCACAUCUCGGGCAGGCCCUGAACCCGUUCCGGCCUCGAACAGCCGUCAGCACCGCUGAGGAUGACGAUGGGCGGACUUCGAGAAAUUCCACCAUGACUUUCUCCUCGAAUGGCGAUCCUUUCAAACUAGACCGACGGAGUCCUGGGCCGGACAGCAGUGUUACGCCUCGGCGAGCGGAGCCGGCGCAUCUCGCUGACUCAAGAGUGUAUGAAGGAACGUAA